AGCCGGCGAGCUGUGUGGCGGGUCGGGAGCCGCGCGGCGCGGGUAGAACGAGCGGGAAGAGAGAGCGGGAGGAUGGAGCGGGGAGCGGUGCGGGACAUGGCGGAGCGGCUGGGGGUCGGGGAGACACGAGUCGUCAGGAAGGCCGAGGAGUUCCUGCGGCUGUCACACGUGCGGUGCUCGGCGCUCACCGCGCACGUCCCCGCCACCGGCCUCGCCGUGAUGUGCCUGGAGCUGGCGGCUCGGAGCGCCAAGCAGCCCGCACACAAGAACUCUUUUAUUCAACUGUCCGGAUUGAACAAGACCGCGUACCAGAGCUCCAUGAGGGCCCUGGAGUGUUUGCUGGGGCUGAACGCCCGGCUGGGGAUGCGCGAGCUGGCGGUGCAGUUCUGCUGCACGGAGGCGGUGAACGCGGCGUCAGGAAUCCUGCAGAGGUAUGAAUCCAGCCUCCCUGAAGCACAGCAAAUGGACCUUGAUUUCUCAAAACCACUAUUUAUAACAGCCGCGCUAUUCACUGCCUGCAGGUGCUUGAAGCUGAAAGUGGACAAAGCUAAGAUGCUGGCUGUAUCUGGAGUGAAAAAAGCAAUAUUUGAUCGUCUGUGCACUCAGAUGGAGAAGAUAAGCCAACAACUCAGCAAAGAUGAUAUUUCAUUAGCUGCAGAGACAUCUGAAACCCUGCAGACUGACCUGGAGCAGUGUGAGAAAGAAGGUUCUGAAGAUUAUGAUGAUGAGAUUCCAUGUGAACAGCCAAAGACUGAAACAAAGCAAGACUAUGAAGAAUGGAAAAGGAGAAUCCUGGAAAACGCUGCUAAGGCACAAGAGACAAAUAGUGGUACUGCUUCUACAGUGCCACCUUGUAAUAUCACUACUGCUUGCUCAUAAUGUUAACAGUCCUUUUUGCCCUUAACAAUUCCUGUAGCAUAGAAGUGAUUUCUGGCUGGUAUUCAGCUAAUUUUAUCUUUUGAGCUUGUUUUUAAAUGUUAUUUUUAGUAAGUGACAAUUGAGGUUUUUUUUUCAAGAGGAUGUUUAAUUAUUUGCCAGGCUGGUACUUGAGCAGAUGUAGCAUUAGGUGGCAGGAUAGAUUCAUUUUUCUUUCUACAAGAAGCAGGUGAUGCUCCAGUACAAUGUUAAAUGAGAAUAAAUGUUAAGUCAUGUGUCCUUGUGCCUCUAGGCUGGCAGUAAUCAGUGAAAAAGAAUAGGAAGAGACUAAUGGUGCCUUGUUAAACAGCAAAAACAACCGAUGAAUUCAAGACUGACUAUUUAAAAAUAAAACCACCAUAUACUUAUUCACCAUAAUUUUUAUGCCUGUGUAGGACUGAAGUCUCUUGUGUAUGUAAGGGGGCCCAGCUGUUCCAAGAAACAAUAAAUCAGAGGGAAAAGCUCUGGAUUAAGACAUGCAUUUUUACACACAUGCUUGUUAUGUAAAAUAAGACAGGAGGACUCAUCUGUGGAAGAUACCCAGGGAACAAGGAUUUCAAACAGUGGAUGCUGGGACACAGACUUCUUUUUUGUAUGUUAGGAGCAUAAGUUUCAACUGAAGAGUGCCCUGACCCACAGGUCUUAGAGGCAACUUCUAUCAUCCUAUACUUUCAUCCCACCUAUCCAGACUGUGACUUGAACUGUUUUUGAAAGAAAAUGACAACUUUUAGAAGUCUGGGACUUGCAUUACUAUAAUAAAAUCAGUCCAAUUCUGAUGCCCA